CCGCAGACUGUUAUUUCACCCCCUUAUCCCGCUAAUAAGGCACUUAGACGUUCGUACUCUCCUAAUGCGUUAAGCAGCGGUUGAGAUGCAUUUCAACGUCCAUGUAAACGUUUGCUGGACACAGCCGCUUCCUCUAAACUACCUUAAGUAGGUAAGGUUAAGGUUCCCGAAUCCUGAUCCCUCCUGCGCCGCUUCGCUCUACCUACCAUUUUAGCGAAUGCUGGUUCCGGACCUUCCGCUGCGAGUGCUUAUAGGAGACAUGGUUUGUUUUCGCAAUGUAACAGUCAGGAUCGACGGCGUGGCGGAACGUGCCUUGUUGAGGGCCGAAACUUGUAUCGAACGACCGGGCCACUUGCCGCGCGCGGCGCCAGCGGCCUUCUCGGCUACGGACGAAACCACCAUUGCCAUGUCUCGGAGACUCGGCAGCCAACGUCCCCAAGGGUUGAAGACGCUCUGCUCCUUCUCAGUCACGUCUAGACCGCGGCUGACACGCCCAAGCACUAGGAGUAGUGCUGUUACGCCGCAGAUGAAGCCAGCGUCUAAACCAGCUGCACCCAGACACCCGGGCGCGCAAGGCCAUGAAACACUCCAUCCAUGCUUGCGACGCCGCAUCAACACGACGGCCGUACCGGCCCCGGCGUGGUUCGACCGUCUGCAUAGGUGGUUUCAAAGAGACGUUGGGAGGUCAAGGGCCGCGAGAGUCGAGACCGCUGGAGUCGAAGACGUGAUUCGUGAAGACUCGAGCAUGGAGGACUGGGAUGUGGAAGUCUCGACACAUAUAAAAGGGCCUUCCUCCUCCAAGAAUGUCGAGAAGAACACAACAGCAUCAGCAUCAGCAUCACAACAUCCGCUACCAAGCAUCAGAACUCAACCCACCAAGCCUCGACCGCUGUCUCCGGAACCACACCUCGCUCCGACUACGCUUACCAAACCCAUCCCGUCUCCAAACCUUCCUUGUAUGUGCCUACUAAGGUCGUGGCAAGCCGGCGAGCGAUGCUCUCUGAGCCAACCAUCCCCCAAACCUUACUACUUGUAGAUACGAGCAGCUAACAGACUUGAACCCCGGGGCCAGAAAACCACCACCAUGUGCCAAUACAGCCACGUGCUCUACCAAGCCUGCAACCACCAGCAUGGCACGAGAUUUGUCCGGCCGUGCCCGAGGUACCCCAAAAAUGGGUGCAGCGGGCGUGUCACCACGGGAAUUAUACGGGUUCCCGGCCUGUGCCCGGAGUGCCAAUACGCCUAAGCGCUCCCGUCACAGGUACAGGGUUUUAGGUUGUUUGUUCAAGGAUGGAUUGUCGAGCUGGGACUUGGAAUACAUCCAGGGGUAAACGGCGAGGACUCUGUCGAGCUGGUCCUCGGCAAGGCUUGAAGAGGUUCUGUUGAGCUGGUUCCUUGACAUACCUUUCAGGGGGCUAAGGGUUAAGGAUUGAGAUGUAUCCCCUACACUCGUUAUUAUAGCCUUCAGGUAGUCAUGAGGCACACCGC